GUAGACAUAAAUGUCAAGGACACCAAUACACAACAAAAAUUUAUAUACGGCUAGGUUUUCGGUUUAAUGACAUAGUUCACACGUUUGUGUAAAGAAAAUGCGUCCAUAAAUAUUUUAGAAAAAUUUCAUUGACUCCUAUUAAGAUUUGAAAAUGGCUUCUGACAGUGAAAUAGAGGAAUUUUUUGAUUGUGAAGAGGACGAGAUAACACUUCAAGCACUGAAGAGAAAAAAAUCUGCUGAAUCGGUCGACGUUUUGAGUAUCACUAGUGCAGGAUCAAUGAAUGAAGCCCAGCAAGAAUUGGCCAAAAAGGAACAGGAACUGAUAAAAAGAACCCAGCAGUUGUUUGAAAAGAGAAAACUUGAGGAUGAGCUAUUAAUUGCACAGUUAGAUGAAAUUCAAAGGCAGAAAAAAUUAGAAAAGGCUCGCAAGCGACAGCAAAAGCUAAGACAAAGACAAAGACAAAAAGAAAUGAAAGAUGAGGAGGAGUUUCGUCGAAGGCGUCUGGAUGAAUUGAGGCGUAGUAUAGACGACACGAAGGACUCUUUGGAGUUUUCAUUGAGCGAGCAGCAAGCAAUGCCCGUAUCUUCAAAUCAACUUUCACAAUAUGGUCCGGUUCCUGAUCUCAUUCAGAGCACAAAAAGCAAAUCUUUGGAUCGAGAAGUUUCCUCUGGUAAAGAUGAGAGGCCAAAUAUUUCAAAGAGUCUUUCGUUGCCUCGGAAAUUCGAGAUCACGCGAGAAAGUAUGAAACAAGUUAUAGAAGACGUUGAACGAGCUGUCAGAUACUUUACUUCUGCACCCACGUCGUCUCGUCAUGUGACUGCAAUAGAGGAGGAAUCUUGCAAAGCGCCUGAAACAGAACAACAAAAGCAAGAGGAAAUUUUGCAAGCUGCUGAUCAAGAACCUACUGAAAAGAAAGUGGAGUUAGCUGAUUCAUCAACUACCUCCCAACAACUUCAGGCUAAACAUACAAAUCCACUCUCUUUACAUAUAAUGAAAAAGACCAAUGAUUAUCCUCAGUAUAAAGACAGUGAUGAAGAUAGUAUCGGAUCGGAAACUAGUAGCGUAAAAUCUAAUACUUCAAAGAAAAGAGGGCUGAAAAGCAAAUUAUUAGGGAAGUUAAAAAGAAACAGAAAUACAGCAGAAACAAAUGAAGUAUCUGACGAAGAGGAAGAGCCCUGUGAUGGAAAAUUUUCUAUUAAAAUAAAGGCUGCCAGCUCGCAUAAAGGCCCCUACGACUUUGACUUGAGCGUCCCAGUUCAAGACUUAAACAAUGAGCACAAGGGCCCUGUUUGGACUAUGAAGUUUUCUCCUUGUGGCUAUUUUCUGGCUACUGGAGGUCAAGAUACGUUGUUAAGGGUAUGGGUUCUUAAGGGAGUUAAGGACGUUAAUGAUUAUCUGAAAUGUAAUGAUCCUGGAAAACGCAUGGGCAGUCCAAGUGGUAAAAAAUCGCCAUCAACAAGUAGCUUGAACUCUGAUGAAUCUGCGAACACUAAUAGUAGCGAAGAAGAGAGCGAGGAUGAGCAUGCACCUUUUUGUAGGAAGCCACUGGCAACUUACAUGGGUCAUUCGUCGGAUUUAUUAGAUAUAAGCUGGUCUAAGACGGCAAGGCUGUGGCAUAUAUCAAGAAGAGAAUGUCUAUGUUGCUUUCAACAUAUUGAAUUUGUCUCAUCUAUUUCUUUCCAUCCGAAAGAUGAUAGAUAUUUUAUAAGCGGAUCGCUUGAUGGUAAGCUUCGACUUUGGAACAUUCCUGAAAAAAAAGUUGCUUUGUGGAAUGAAAUUCAGGGAGUAAGCAAAUUUGCAAUAAUAACAGCUGUAAAUUUUGCAAUAUUUCCACAAAUGGAGGAGAUUGUAGUAGGAACAUAUGAUGGAAAGUGUCUUUUUUAUACAGUGGAUCAGUUAAAAUACCGUAGAAUGUUGACUAUUAAAACUUCUAAAAGAAAUAAUAAGAAAGUUACUGGCAUUGAUAUUCAUCCAAGUCUGCCAAGAAUUUUGGUUACGACCAAUGAUUCUCGUGUAAGGUUAUAUGAUUUAAGCGAUAAUUCAUUAGUAUGCAAGUAUAAGGGAUCAUUGAAUUACUCUAGUCAAAUAAGAGCUGUCUUUAAUCACGACGGUCGUUAUGUUAUAAGUGGAUCUGAAGAUCAAUUUGUAUACUUGUGGAGAACAAAUAACGAGUUUUGCGGAAAGUUAGCAAGAAGGGAUAGAAAUAUUUAUUGGGAAGGAAUUAAAGCCCAUUCUACUGUAGUCAGUGCAGCAACAUUUGCCCCAAAACCAACAAACUUAAUUAAAAUCCAAUUUACAAACGAGAAUAGUCGCUGCAAUGAUUUUGUGCCUCCAAGAUGUGAAGCAUUUGUGACAGCUGACUUAAACGGGUGUUUAAAGGUUUUUAUUAACAAGUUUAAACCUGAAACAGACUCGUGA